CAAGUAGUAUAUAAACGCCGGCCGCCGAGGCAGGAAGCAUAGCGAGUGUCAUCUUAUCUUUUAUUUCUAAUUCAAAAAGGAAUAUGAAUUCUAAAAUUAUUGUUUUUAUAUUCGCCCUUUUGGCAGCAAACGCGUCACUUGCUUCCGGAUGGGGUUACCGCGCGUCUGACCAGCGCCGCUGGGCUGUGUUGCACCCUGCGUGCGGCGGCCGCCAGCAGUCUCCCAUCGCCAUCGCGGCGCGCCAGGCCAUCCCCAUCUCCAUCCCCGCUAUGGAGCUCAUCGGCUACCAGAACCCUCUGCCCGGCCCGCUCACCCUCACAAACAACGGACACUCAGUCACCCUAACCAUCCCUAAAUACAGCUCAGAGGAAGAGAAGAAAGGAUUCCGCCUGCCUUACAUCUUCGGGGGUCCGCUUGACAACGAGUAUGAGAUCGAGGGCCUUCAUUUCCAUUGGGGCGACAAGAACAACCGUGGUUCUGAGCACACGCUCAACGACAUGAGGCUGCCUCUUGAGAUGCACAUCGUGCACAGGAACAAGAAAUACAGGAACUUGGCUGAGUCUCUGCAGCAUCCUGAUGGUGUUGCUGUUCUGGCUUUCUUCUACCAGGUGGUGGAAUUCGACGCCAAACUCCUCAGCCCUAUGGUGAAGAAUCUCUCCAUGAUCGAAGCGUACAACAGCAGCAUGCAGCUCCCCCACACCUUCUCCCUCUCUUCUAUUCUCUCUGGUCUGGACUCCGAGAGGUUCUACACGUACAAGGGUUCUCUGACCACCCCUCCUUGCGCUGAGGCUGUAACGUGGAUCGUGUUCUCUGAUUAUCUCCCGAUCUCCGUGUUCCAGAUGGAUAACUUCCGCGGCCUCCUCUCCAACCUGAACCUGCCCCUCGUCGACAACUUCAGGCAGCUCCAGCCCCUCUUCGGUCGCCGGAUCUUCGUCCGUAUCACAUCCAAGAACCCCAAGUUCAAGAAGACCAAGCUCCACUACUCCAAAUACGAUUGGGUGGGACACAAGAAGGCUGACAACGAUGUUGGAGACUUCGAUGAAUAAAACAUUUGACAACUGUUCGUUCCAUAGAACGGUUACUUUCUAACCUUUAAACUAGAUGGCAGCACUUGUAUCUAACUUCAGACACUUCGUGGUUCUAACAAAUGGUAUAAUAACGAGAAUAAAAAUAGUAGUCGUGUAAGUUGUACAUGAUAUAUAGUCAAUUGGACACUGUAUAGUUCGCUCAGAUUAUCUGAAUAUGAACUAAUACAUUAGCAAUAGAAUCGUGUUACAUAUAAGAGUCGAUAUAUUUGAUAACGUAGUUAAAUGAAAAUACUUACUUUUUCUUUGCUCGAGUUUUCUAAAUUAAGCUUAAGGAAACAUUACCAUAACAUCAAUUUAUAUAAACUACUAGCGACCUCUAUUGUAAAGUUAAUGGAAGCAGAUAAGAAAAGAACAGUUUUAUGGAACACAACUACUCUACUUUAGCAAUCUCUACGGGUCUUCUGACGUUCUAAUAAUGUUAGAAUAAUUUAUUAUGUGUACAGUAUUGUGUAUAUGUGUGAAUAGUAUUAUUAUUAUAUAAGGUAUUAAUAAACUAGUGUUUCAUA